AUGGAUCAAAACGGCGGAAAACAACUUUCACCAUGGAAAGUUCCAUCACGUAUAUCAUUAAAACGUAUUCGUCAUAAAAUAAAUUCUGAUUUAUCAACUCAAACACUUUCAUCAUCAACAAUAAUUGAAAAAAAUUCUCAAAAACAAAAUAUAAAACGAAAUCGUCUUGUUAUUAAUAAAUUUGCAUUAGCACGUUCAAUAUCAACAUCAACUCCAAAUGAAAAUCUUACACCAUUAAUAGUAGAAAAAACUAAUAAUGAUGAACAUUUACUUGCAAGACUUCAUCAAAUAAUGCCACCACCACCACCAUCAAUAAAUGACAAAAAUUUUAAUGUUAAUUUUAAAAAUAAAAUAUCUGAUGAAAUUCUUUCUUUAUUUCCAAUUGAUUGGUCAUUAAAAUCAUCAUGUCGUUUUUAUUCUCUUAAUUCAACACCUUUCUUAAAUAAUUUUAUGAAACUUCGUUCAACAGAUGAAUCACUUGCAUUAGAAUAUAUUUGUUCAAAUACAUCUCAAGAUAAUGAAAAAGCUCUUUUUCGUUCUCUUACAUCAUAUUGGACAUAUCCACAUAUAACUUGGCUUAGAUUAUUUCCUCGUUUACAACAACAACAACAAAUGAAUAUUAAUUUUUCAUCAUUAGAUGAACAAGCACAAAUAGCUUUACAAGAUGAAUGGAAAAUAACAUUUCAAUCUCUUUUUCAAUCAUUUAGAACAAAAUAUUCACCUUUUUUUUAUAUGUGUACACAUACAUUUAAUAUUUUAUUUCGAGAAGAUCCUUCAUCACAAAUUAUUGCUAUUAUUAGUCCAACAACUAGUGGUUUAAGAUCAACAUUUGAACGAGAAGGAAUUGAAUUUACAAUGGCUGAUGGUGGUGGUUCAUUAAAUAAUUCAGCAAGUAAGAAUAAUGAUGAAGAAGAAGAUGAUGAUGAAAAUGGUGAUGAAAAUGAUGUAACAUGUGCUCAAUGGUUAGAAGAUAUGGGUUUAUCAGCAACUUCUUCAACAAAUUCGACUAAUGAAAGACGAUGUUUAUCAUCAAAUAAAAAAGUUUCAAAUGAAAAAACACGUUCAACAACAAUUCUUAUUCGAGAUUUAUCUUCUGUAAAUAGUUUAUUUAAUUUUCUUUUAAAUAAAUCUCAACGUACAUGUAUGUCAUUAACGGGAUCAUUAGCAGGAAUUCCUCCAACAUUAAUAUCACCACGUCCAUUUCUUAAUUCAACAUUAAAAUAUUUAAAUGUUCAUUUUCAAUCAAAUUCAAUGGUUACUAUCGAUGGUGGACCUUUAUUACCUGAUCGUAUUAAAGGUUUAUGGAAUUUAAUUACAGAAAAAAAUCACCAAAUACAAAUGACAUGUACAAAUGUUGAACGAACAUCAGCUUUAAAUUUAGAUGGUGAACAAGGUCGAACAAUAAAACAAAUUUCAAUAAAUGAUAAACGAGAUUUACGUGUACAAUUUUCAACAGUCUGA